AUGUGGACAAUUCUUUAUCCUCAGAACCAUGGCGGAGGCAGCUACUGUCGUUCCAUCGUAGGUCUCUCCAAAAUUUGGAGCCGCAUCAGCACACCCACAACUGCAAACCGCAACAUCAUCCACGGUAAUAUGACUACUGCUGGCCUUCACGAUUCCCCGGUUUUGAAGGAGGGUGGUGACUCCACUUUGCCGCAAUUGGGCUUUGAUCGACCGAAGAGACGAAGAACUCACCAAGCACACACUGUAAUCCUGCUUGAGGGUGAGAAAGUUAGCCAUCAGCCAGUGACUAGUGAGGAUUUAUUCACCCGACCUCAAGAGAUUUCCUACUCAGAAGACCAUUUGAGCUGCCGGGAAGAAGGGGAAGAAGAUAAACGAACCGUCCUUCCCGUCAGACCCACGAAUGGCAUCGCUCUGCCCGUGAUACCGACGGGAGGCGUUAUUUUAAAAUCCCGGAAAAAUCCAGCCCCUGAGGCAGAAAACAAGGCACCAGGCAAUCAAAAUGGAGUACCACCAACGAGACCGAAGGAGAUAACCAAAGGACCUGAGGAAAGGACUUCAAAGAGCGAAAUUGCGCCUGCUUCAGACAAACCCAAACCAAUUACUCCAGACCGACCUUCGCAUUACAUGAGAAGCAUAUCAUUAGGCAACGCUUACGGGGACGGAAGAAAAGGUAAUAGGCAAGAACACGGCAACGUGUCAGACGAAAGAAGAAGCACAGGCUUGUUACUGUACAAAGAAUAUCAAGUCACAGAGUUCAAAAAGCAACCACCAGAUACUUCAACUGAAGGUCCAAACAAUGAUAAGGCUUUUCCAAGUCAAAAGCCUUCAACACCAACGGAAACGGUGAAGAAUGGAGCCCACCUACACAAGGAGCAGAGAAAGGAUAUCUCUUCAGAGAAGAAGGAAAGGCAAGAGCAAUCUCAGUGCGAAUGCUCUAAUCUUCCCAAUUCCUCAGAAGAUGGUUUUAUAGGGCCCAAUGUAUCAGUCGCGGCACCUAACUGUCAAAAUAAUAAACAGACGACAGAAGAAAGUAAAAAGGAAUCGCCGUCCCCCAGAUUGGGUGCGGAAUCUGCAGAUAAAGAAAAUAAAACCAACACCUCUUCAAAAUCCACGAAAUUACAUUUAAAAUCUCAUAGCCAUAAAAGGGAAAGUAAUGGUAAACGCACUUCAAGCAAAAACAGGAGAUCAUCUCCACACUUGAACUCAUCCACCAUAUUGGCCGACACGAACUGCUCGGACACGUCGAUGGGAGGAAAGGCAAGUCCCAAACCGGAAAGUACUGCGGUAAACAAGGCCUUCGGUGAAUACGUCAUGCCUGUGGAGCAGUGCGAGGACAACGUGGCAAAGCGGCAAUCAGAUGCAUGUGAGUACCAAAAUCUUCCGGCCUCCACUUGUGCUAGAACUAUGGAUAGCCAACCCUCUGUACCACAAGGACCAAACAAUGCCCAGAAUGGAAGAGAUUCAGAAGUACUCGUCUCCGUGGGUCCAUCUGAAUUGCCGACUGCGGGUGGAGCAGAUGCUGAGGAGGAGGAUGAGAAGAAGAAGAAGAAGGCACAGCAAAAUACCGGGGACAAUGCGGCAAAGUCGCAAUCAGAUGCUCAAUCCAAACCGACUGCUUCACCAAGACAACAAAAGGCUAAGCCAGGAGGUGUGGCGUCCUCUCAAUUGUCCAAUUCGGGUCUAGCAGCUGCUGAGGAAGAAGACAGGGAAAAGAAUGCGCAGCACAACAUGAGAAAAGACCAUCAGCCACAAUCGACUCGUUAUAAAAAGGCGGAAGAACGCACAAGUAGGAAAUCUCGCUGGUAUCAAAUGAGUUGGUUUAGAAGACAUCGUAGACCAAAUUUGCAGGCUUCAAAGAGUGAAGGAGAUCUUUCGCAGGCAGUAGACGGAAGCAACACCAAAAUCACGUCUCACCAUUCAUUACCAGACAUUUCUUCUAGCCAAAGCAGAUCCUCGAAGACGCUAUGGCAGAGAGUAAGGGAAUUAUUUACCAGGGAGCCUAUGCCAACCCUUGAUUUGGAUGAUUCUGCAGAGGAAGAACAACAGCAGCAGCAACAACACCAACAUCAGCGACAAGAGAAAAAACCGCAAAAUGAACCACUGUUGGGGCAGGACGAAAGAGCAGGCAAAAGAAUGAUGAUGGAAGAGAUGAGAGCCGAGAAGCCUUCGAUGUGGUCCGGCGAUCAUGCCACCGGAAGAGGCGGUACCAUCCCCGGAGACCUAGAUGCCUGUGUAACCACACACAGAGCUAAAAACUAUCCAAGCAUUACGAAAAUUGCCCACCGACACAUAUAA